CCCAGCCUCCUACGUUAGACACUACGGUAGACACGGCCCUAUUUUAAAGUUCCUGGGGGAAGAGUGAAGGGACCAGGUCAAAGCUAAGGAAAAAGGGCCAAGAUUGAUCUCAGAGGAUAAAUAUUUACACAUUAUUCAUCCCAGGACGAGUAUCGUUAAACUGAAGAAAAGGUGCAACACGGAAAACCAAGGACUUGACUGCCCGAGAACGUCAGAAAAUACAGAAAAUGGCGGAGCCGGACAAAUUAAACAUCGACUCUAUAAUUCAACGUCUCUUGGAAGUGAAGGGCUCUCGGCCCGGGAAGAACGUCCAGCUGACAGAGAGUGAGAUCCGUGGCCUUUGCCUAAAGUCCCGCGAAAUCUUCCUGAGCCAGCCAAUCCUGCUUGAGCUAGAGGCUCCCCUCAAAAUCUGCGGUGAUGUCCAUGGUCAGUACUAUGAUCUGCUCCGGCUGUUUGAAUAUGGAGGCUUCCCCCCUGAAAGCAACUACCUUUUCCUGGGUGACUAUGUAGACAGAGGGAAGCAGUCACUGGAGACCAUCUGCCUGCUUUUAGCCUACAAGAUCAAAUACCCAGAGAACUUUUUCCUGCUGCGUGGAAACCACGAAUGCGCCUCCAUUAAUCGAAUCUACGGCUUUUAUGACGAGUGUAAGCGACGGUAUAACAUUAAGCUGUGGAAGACCUUCACGGACUGCUUCAACUGUUUACCCGUGGCUGCCAUUGUAGAUGAGAAAAUCUUCUGCUGUCAUGGAGGACUGUCUCCUGAUCUUCAGUCCAUGGAGCAGAUCCGCAGAGUAAUGCGACCCACAGACGUGCCUGACCAGGGUUUGUUGUGUGACCUGCUGUGGGCUGAUCCCGACAAAGAUGUGCUGGGCUGGGGUGAAAACGACCGCGGUGUCUCCUUCACGUUCGGGGCAGAUGUGGUGGCCAAAUUUUUGCACAAACACGACAUGGACCUAAUAUGCAGGGCUCACCAGGUGGUAGAAGACGGUUAUGAGUUUUUCGCGAAGAGGCAACUCGUCACCCUGUUCUCGGCUCCCAACUACUGCGGAGAGUUUGAUAACGCUGGUGCCAUGAUGAGCGUGGACGAGACACUCAUGUGCUCCUUCCAGAUUCUGAAGCCAGCAGAUAAGAAAUUGUAUCCUUAUGGCGGAGGGGGAGGAAUGGGAUCUGGGAGACCGGUCACCCCGCCGCGGAACUCAGCCAAGUCCGCCAAGGCCAAGAAAUAACACCCGCUGGGCCCCCCUCCCACAACCUGCCACCCUGCCGCCCCGCCUCCCCCCCUCCCCCGUCGGCCCAACGUCCCAUUCUUCCUCUACCUCCCAAACUUGUUUCUCCCUGUCACAAAUGGCAAAGUGUCCAGGGUUCAAUCAUGUUUUUUCUCCCUAAAGAUGAUUUUUAACUGUUUGCUUGGCUGUUUGUGUGCAGUUUCUGUGAGUGUGUUUUAAAAAGAAAAAAAGAUCACGAGUGAGAAUGGUAAAUGAUGUAUUCUGUAUGCAUGUUUUGUUUUGUUUUCUUCCCCCUGGACCCUCUGUUCUGUUGUCCUGUUUAUUUUUUUUAAGUAGAGGUGGGUUCUUGCCCAUCUGUGAUGUAAUUUCAGACUCGGGUGCAGCGGAGGAGGAGGAGGGAGGAGGCGUAGCUGUUUGUGUUGAGGCCCUGCAAUGUUUAAUGCUAAACACAAGCUUUUGUACAUCCUGUUUCAGAGGUCUGUGUUUGUCUGUGAAAUGGGUGCCGGGGGGUCGAGCGGCACGGUCAAACGACGACUGCACAUACCGCGCGCACACACACACACACACACACAC